CCCAAGGCUACGAGAUGGAGACAGAUUUCACCACUAUCAGAAAAUCCAACAACCCACCAAUCACAGGCCCUUCUUCCUCAUCCUCCUCUGGCCGACAUGGCGCCGGCUUCGCCAAAUUAGUUAGCGCAACAUCUGGAUGAGAAGAAGUGUGAGCUCGAGGGGAGUGAGUGUGUGGCUCUCAUCGUUUUCCACGACCUUCUCCUUUUUUCCUUUUUAUUGUCAAAAAAUAAUUUCCCCCAUUUGUUUGCGAGCAACAGGGUAGCACUAUCACUAUCCUUUUCCUUAAACCCUUAUCUCAAUUUUGGCUUGGCUUUGGUUGUAUCACCUCCUCUGUUUCUCCUUCUCCUUCCCCUUGGACCGUCUCCAAGGAAGCCGCCUGCCUGAUUAAACCCCAGCCAGCCUCCCUGGUGUUUGGAUCAAAGUGCCGCAAAAUGGCGUCCAUGUCUAGAUUUGUGGCCAAAGACUGCCACUUUACAACUGCAGCGGCUGUACAGAAGCCCAGUUGUUCUAGUUUGAGUGUCAGGAGGCUGAAUACUCAUCUGGUCGAUGUGCGAUUUUGGUUUGAAGAUCUGAAAGGCUGGAACUUGGCGCCUAAGAAUGGAAGGAUUUUGGCAUUGCAAAGCAAGCCAAACAGUCCUGUUGUUCCUAUUUCAGCUGUUUCUCCUAUCAUGCAGACUUCAAGGAGCUCUGUGGUUUUGUGCAAUGCUGCUACAAAUUUGUCCGGCGAUGUUCCCAGCAGCAGUCCUGCUGAAAUGAGCCAGUAUGAAAAGAUAAUUGAAACACUGACAACUCUGUUCCCACUCUGGGUCAUUCUUGGCACCGUCAUUGGUAUCUACAAGCCAGCUGCGGUUACAUGGUUGCAGACAGAUCUGUUCACUGUUGGCCUGGGUUUCCUCAUGCUUUCUAUGGGAUUAACAUUGACGUUUGAAGAUUUUAGACGAUGUUUGAGGAACCCUUGGACUGUUGGUGUAGGAUUCCUUGCUCAGUACUUGAUCAAACCCCUGCUAGGCUUUGCGAUAGCAAUGAGCCUAAAACUGUCGGCACCUCUUGCGACUGGACUUAUUCUGGUAUCAUGCUGUCCAGGAGGUCAGGCAUCUAAUGUUGCAACAUAUAUAUCGAAGGGAAAUGUGGCACUUUCAGUUCUGAUGACAACCUGUUCAACCAUUGGUGCUAUUAUCAUGACACCCCUUCUUACCAAGCUUCUAGCUGGCCAGCUUGUUCCCGUUGAUGCUGCAGGUCUCGCUCUGAGCACGUUUCAGGUUGUGCUAUUGCCAACUAUUCUUGGAGUUCUAGCAAAUGAAUUUUUCCCCAAGUUCACGGCAAAGAUAAUCUCCGUGACACCUCUAAUUGGAGUCCUCCUCACAACCUUACUCUGUGCAAGCCCUAUUGGGCAAGUUGCAGAUGUAUUGAAAACUCAAGGAGCACAACUAAUACUGCCAGUGGCUGUUCUACAUGCUGCCGCAUUUGCAAUUGGUUAUUUUAUCUCAAAGAUGUCGUUUGGUGAAUCCACUUCUCGUACCAUCUCAAUAGAAUGUGGAAUGCAGAGCUCCGCCCUUGGGUUCUUGCUUGCUCAGAAGCAUUUUACGAAUCCCCUCGUGGCUGUGCCUUCAGCUGUCAGUGUUGUUGCAAUGGCUCUCGGUGGAAGUGCACUUGCUGUUUUCUGGAGGAACAUGCCGAUUCCAGUCGAUGACAAAGAUGACUUCAAAGAGUAAACUACAAGUCAAGCCUCCUACCUGCAUUUUGUUUUGAUUCUGCAUCUCAUGCAGCUGAGUUCCAAUAACAAAGCUCUCUAGUCUCCAUCACUCUCUCUCAGUUUAGCUCUCUCUCCAUUCAGUACUUAGGUCCCCCAUCAUCAUAUCAGGAAGUAGUAAGUUUUCGGAUGGUUUGAGGUUAGCUCAUUAUAAACUUCAGUAGAAGUAAGAAUGAAAUAUGUUUUGUGGUGUGCAAAUCGAAUUCCUUGGGUUUUGGUGACCCUUUUGAUGGUCCAGUAAGUUGAAGUGGUGAAGCCAUUGAUUUCAGUUCUCACUUCUCAGAGUUCCCCUUUCCCCCUCAUCAAUGCUAUAACUUUUACAAAGGAGGCAAUCCCUCUUUAUCAUUUA